CUAUGUUGAGGGGAGAUGAAAGAGAGUUAUCUGUUCUUUAGUUAUUUGAUGUGUCAACUAUAAUUUCACUCAAUCUAUUUGUCUUCUAUACAGAGGAGAGGAGUGUUCAGAUAGAAAAGUUAUGUAAAACUUCAAGUAUCAGAACAGAAAGUAAUAUUUGGGUAUGAAACUGGCUUUGUAGAGGAUGUGGAAGGAGAGGGGGUGGCAAUUUAGCAGUUAAAUCGGUUCUUUAAAAAGUAAUCAUGAAUUAUGUUUGGCUUUUUAUCAGCUAAUUACCCAGGUUCAAGAUAAAUGAAUAAAAAACUAAAACUCACAAAUGUUUGGCAUAGCAUAAUUGAGAGACAAAUAGCAGAAUAAUGAGAUAAAAAGUCUAAAUUAAAUAUGAGAAAGUAGAUCUUGAUUCAAUCAUAAAAAAGUUACAGUUGUGAGAUAAGAAGUUGAAAUCAGGAGGCAAGCAUCACAAAACAUCACAAGCUAGAGCAAUUUGUAAACUCAACAUUUCAACAAGCAAAGAUGAGAUUUCCUGCAUUCUAUUGGGUCCAGCAAAACAACAUUCUUUAAAACCUUAUUGAACAAAGGUUUCCCAAUGAUUACUUUUGUCCUCAUUAUCAGACUGCAGAGCUCCAUCAUCCUGUGUACUGUAUAUCCCAGUGUGUGAUGGCUGUAGUCAGAUUAAUCAUUGAUGAUCAUCUGUUUCACACUGCAACCUGCGACAGGGGGACAAAGUCUCCUCCACCUGCUGCUCUCUCAGCUGCCUCGACAGGACCUACAAGGUGGUUACCGCAGGUGCAGUGGGGGGACACGGUGGGAAAUGGACCGCGAGGUGAAAUCAGUUCUACUUUUCAGAGAGUGUGCCGGUCUGCUUUGAGUGGUUUUGUGGCCAUGGCUGGCUGCUGGCAGAUGUGUCGCCGCACCUGUCUGUGCUGUCUGUCCGAGGAGGAGAAGCAGUCCGUCGCCGUGGACAAAAAAAUCAGGAAGCUCCUCAAGGAGCAGAAGAAGCAAGAGACAAGGGAAAUUAAAGUCCUCCUGCUGGGAACUGGGGAGAGCGGUAAAACCACCUUCAUCCCGAUGAGGAUAAUCCACGGACAAGGCUUCUCAGAAGAGGAAAGAAGGGUAUUUGCCAAGUGCAUCUUUCAGAACAUCUUCUCAGCCAUGAAGGCCAUGACAGGAGCCAUGACUACACAAAUACCUUACUCCAACCCAGAGAACGAGAUCUAUGCUAAGUGGUUGCAGGAUGUAGACACAGUACAGAUCAGCUCACUGGACCGGGGCUACGUCGACGCUAUCCGCCGCCUCUGGUCGGAUUCAGGCAUCCGGCAAUGUUACAGCCGCCGCUGCGAGUACCAGCUCCUUGACUCUACAGAGUACUACAUGAGAGCUCUGGACCGGAUCUCUGCCCCGGAGUACAUCCCCACAGAGCAGGACGUGCUGCGGGUUCGAUUCCCCACAACAGGCAUCCACGACUAUUCCUCCCUAAAGAGCAUCACACUAAGGAUUGUGGAUGUUGGCGGUCAGAAGUCAGAGCGUCGGAAGUGGAUUCACUGCUUUGAAAACGUCACGUCCCUCAUUUUCUUGGCCUCCCUCAGCGAGUACGACCAGGUCCUGGAGGAGAGAGAAACCAUUAACCGGAUGCAUGAGAGUCUGGCUCUGUUCUACACCACCAUCCACUCUCCAUGGUUCGCAACACCUCCAUCAUCCUCUUCCUCAACAAGGACUGACAUCCUAUCUGACAAAGUACAAACCUCUGACCUGCAGAAAGUCUUCCCGGGCUUCACUGGUAAGAAAAAGGACCCAGAGGAUGCAAAAAAGUACAUCCGUAAACUGUACGAGCAACAGGCCAUCAACCGGGACAGUAGGGGGGAGUGGAAGACUCUGUACCCACACUUCACCUGCGCCACAGACACUACCAACAUCCGCAAGGUGUUCGACGAUGUCAAGGACACAGUUCUGCUUGAGUCUCUCAAGAACUACGGAGUCAUCUGAACUUUUACUCAGAGGUGAAAAAACAGGAAGAGAGUGGCGGGUCUUGUCUCUUUUGGACUAUGCAAUGGUUCGAGUGACGCUCUCAAGAAGGCCAAAUGUUGCUUCUAUCCCACGUAAAAAUGCAAGAUGAAAACCAGGCCAUCCUCCACGCUUCUCCCUCUCCUCAUCCUCCUCUCCUUCACCAGAUCUUAAGAAAGAAGCAGGUGUAUUGAAAAAGGGUGAGUUUGUACUCAUCUCUCACCUUUUUCACCAUCACUCCCGCCCUCUCGCCUCCUCUUUCCCUUGUGUAGAAACAUGAUGACGUUGAGGGAGAAUUGGAGAAGCAACACGACUGAGUGACUGAAGUGCUGUUCUGCCAUUAACGGAGUAAUGACUUUUUCAAGUGGACAUGGGGGCCUUAGUUGGGUACACAACCCUGUCGCUCUCACUCUUGAUGCUUGAUGGGAUCUUAACAGUUUUAGUCAGGUACAGUGAAUCCUCCCGCACAGUAAACACACAGUCAGUUGUUAUUAUGUAAUUUAAAUGGCAAUAUAUGAGUUACAACAUGCAGCAACUUUCUCUAAUUAAUGUCAUUUUAUAAACCCUGCUCUCCUGUCAGAGUGUAACUCCAUAUUGAUUACAGUUGUCUCACACUGACAAUGUCUCUUACAUAUGAUCUGUAUUGAAAAUUGUUUUGGCCUGAUCAAUAACGUACAGGAAGACUCACAGUUCCUUUAAAGUCUUUCUCACAACAGUAGGCAUUAUCCAUAUGGAUGUGAUGUUGAUAUUAGAACUCUUGUGUACAGCUUUUGAAACCGUAAACCACAUUGUUUUACCCGUGGAUAUUUCUUGCAGGUGUUGAAGUUUUGCAAAGGUGAAAGCAGCCAUUUUUUUCUUAAUUAAUUUCUUCCUCGUUACUGAUGAGUGGUGUUUGAAUUACAUAGUCAAGCAGCUGAACACUGACGCUUUUGCGGAUGUGCCAUUAUUAUGCAACACACAAAAUCGUGACCUUCCAUACACAUGCUUUUAGGAGAAAAGAGAAGCUUUGAUGGAGGCACAGAAAAGGGAAAAGUCCAGACCAUGAGGUCCGUUAACAGUCUUAACAUGCACAUCUCUGUUGUCAUGUUGAGAUCAGCACCAAAAGAAAGAGAUUGGGAGGUUUUGCGUCCAAAACACUUUUGUCUAAACUAUUUUACAAUUUUUUUAUAAAGUUCUUAAUUAAUACUGUAUCACAUUACUACCUGUUUUUUAGAGUGACUAUGCAGUUUCUGUUAAAGUUACUGUAAUGAAGUUUUGGCGCAAAACUUCAGUUUCAUUUUUGUUAUUGAUCCAAUAAAUUUAAUGAAAAGAACAGCUUAAAACAAAAUAAGGGUCUAGCUUUGGUAAACAGGGGAGUAUUUUCCCAGAUAUCUCAUUUAGUAGUUGGUGGAGGUAAAUGAAGGCUCCGUCUUUUACUGAUGGACAUUUAAAGUUCAACCUUGUGCAAAGAAGUUGGCCCUCCAUAUAUAACUUCACUAGCAAGGACCACACUAUCAACAAGAUGGAAUUUAACAAUGACCUAACUAGAAUUGUGAUUUUGAAUUUGACGUUGAACUUCUUGCUGUUACUGGUUUGGGGAAGCUUGAGGGGAUCCGCUGUACAGUAGACUCGGGCACUACGAACCCCCCUUUAAGAGCACUAUGAAUAGUAGGAAAGAAAUAAAUAGAAAGAAAAGAGGAGGGAGGGUGAGAUGUGGAAUCAGAAAACGAAGGGUAAGAGAGGGAUAGGUUUGAAUUUAUAACAGAGCCGGAAGAGGCGUGGUUGAGGUGUGGUCCUGCUCCUGAAACUCUGCUAUAUAGCACCACAUGAUAAUGUUGAGAUGAGUUGCUGCCUCUCAUAAGUCUGUUUAAGCUUUUUAAGGUGCUUGAAUGUUAACUCAUCAUGAUGUCAAAUAUACUUAUGUCCAGUCUCUGAAGUGUGCCUCUUUUUACUGUCAACAAUAAGCUGAGUUCACAAACGGCAUUAAAACCAGUAGCAGCAGCAGCCUCCUGACAGAUUUGAAGUAUUUAGGGUAAGUCUUCAUUAAACCUCUGAGCUGAGCCCUGGACAUGGUUUCAAAGAUUCUGGACUGUUAUUUACAAUUCUUUAAUUUCCUGUGGGUUCUAAUAAAAACAAUCCCUUUGAAUCAAUAUUAUAAAUUUGAGCAAGAAAAACACAUUUGGGGAUUGACAAGUUUUAAAGGUCACAAGUGAAGGAAGUGAGACUUGUUUGUCCCAUGAGCAAACAGCUCGAUUCGCACUGACUGAGCUCAAAUCAUUAAUGGUGAAAAUAUCCCACAGAUCAUGUGCUGGGCAAAGGGUAAAGAAUAUUAAUAAGAAAUGGCAGCAUGAACUCUCCGUGUGUCCUAUUUAUGUCAUUACGUGUGGAGAGGGGAAGUUUAUAAUAUUGAUUAGAAGCGUGAGGUCGACCCCCUCAUGCGUCAUUGAGUGUUGAGUGUGUGUUGAGUGGAAAAUGACAUUGAAAUUCAUUAAAUUAACUGACCGUAGGAAAAGCUUUUAAUAGCCCACAAUGUGUUUGUUGUUAUAUGGUUUUCAGAUGCUGUUUUGUUAAUUGUAUAUAAAAUGUCUGUGAUCUCUUCUCAUCUUGUGGUUGUCAUAUUACUGACUCUUGUUUUAACACUAAAUGAUUGUUUUUCUGUACGUUUACAGACUACUUUACUGUUCAUUGAAUUUUUUUUUAACCGCUGUAUUUUUUAGCUCUGUUCACCAUCAGCACCUGCGACUGGAGAGUGUGUUGACUUGUGAACUUCUUUUCUGCACUGGGAAUGCUCCGCUCACACAGUGACAAUGAUUGAUUUUGUGUAGACUCUGGUGGAGGAAGUGGGCUUAUAGUUGUUGUUUUUUUAGUUAAAAUUAAAAAAACUUUUGAACACUCUCA